AUGCCAGCGCCCUCGAAUGAGAAGGGAGUACGAAGUUUCCUUGGACACGUUGGGUUUUACCGCAGUUUCAUCAAGGGCUUCAAUCAAAUUACGCAACCGCUCACUACGUUGCUGUGCAAGGAUUUUCACUUUCAUUUUUCAAGUGAGUGUGAGGAGGCUUUCCUCAUCCUGAAGGAAAAGCUUAUCACUACUCCUAUAAUUUCUCCACCAGUGUGGAGCGAGCCAUUCGAGUUAAUGACGGAUGAAAGCGACUAUGCCGUUGGCGCUGUAUUAGGACAAAGAGUGGAAUCCAAGCUGGAUGUCAUUUACUAUGCAAAAUUCGACAUAGAGAUCAAGGAUAAGAAGGGAAAGGAAAACUAUGUGAUAGAUCACCUCAGCAGGUUAAGGCAUGCAGAGGACAUAUCUCAUGGAAUUAAUGAAUUAUUCCCAGAUGAGAAGCUGUUCCUGGAGGGCAUUUCGCUGGCCUGUGCACAACGGCCAAAGUUUUGCAGUCAGGCUUCUUUUGGCCUACCAUACAGAAAGAUGUUGAUGCUUUUGCCAAAUUUUGCGACAAGUGUUAGAGGUUGGGCUCUAUCUCAAAGAGAGAUGAGAUGCCCCAAACUGGAGUCUUUGGAUUCUGUGAGCAAGUGGGUCGAAGCGCAGGCACUCCCUACUAAUAAUGCUCGAUCCGUGAUCCGAUUCCUAAAAUAUACCAUAUUCCCAAGGUUUGGGGUCCUCAGAACUAUCAUAAGCGAUGAAGGCACCCAUUUUGUAAGCAAUGCGCUGCAAACUUGCCUUCAACAAUAUGGUGUUCGUCAACAUCUUACUACCCCCUAUCACCCACAAGCAAGCGGUCAGGUGGAAGUCUCAAAUAGAGAAAUCAAACACAUCCUCCAAACUACAGUAAAUAAAAGUUGUAAGAAUUGGGCAGGGAAAUUGGAUGAUGCAUUGUGGGCGUAUAGAACAGCCUUCAAAACUCCAAUUGAAAUGUACCCAUACAGGCUUGUGUAUAGAAAAGCGUACCACUUACCUCUGGAACUCGAGCAUCGCGCGUAUUGGGCUAUCAAGUAUUUGAACUUUGAUCUUCUCCCCACGAAGGAGAAGCACACCAAAAGACUGCUCGAUUUGACUGAGUUUCGAUAUCUUGCAUAUGAGAGGAAAUUAAGAUUGCGGUGGACUGGGCCGUAUGUCGUCAGACAAGUUCUGCCAAGUGGAGCCAUAAGAAUUAACAAUGUGGACAAUCCCAGAGAAACCGAUUCCUUCCUUGUUAAUGAAGCGAGACUGAAACCCUAUAUCGAAUGGCCUGUUUUGCAGCGGGCCGAUGCAGAUAUUAAUCUGGUGGAGGACUUUGAAGAGAAGAUGAAACCGUUCAGGAGCGAGAAGAUCUCGAAGAAGAACGCCGCCGAUGCUGCUAAGGACGUGUUAAGGUCCAAACAAUUCGACUCCUUACAUUUUAUUAACAUCGAGACAACAGCGGCAUACAAAAAAGCGAAGGCAAUGGGGAUCCUCUAUGAGAGAGGAUUUGACCCCGAGAAGAUCUCAGACCUGCUCGCCGAUUGGCUGAGAGAGUGGGGCCUGACCUGGUUGAUCAAGAAUCCCAGUGAUCCAGUGGAUGUAUCACUGGUGAGGGAAUUCUACGCGAACUAG